CAAUCUGGACCAUUUGUGCAGAGCUGCGCUGCCGUCACACUCGCAGAUUGGAAGGGCUCACACUCCUCUGUGUUGUCCUCCGAUUACUACGCCGGCCGAUUCAGUUGGCUGCCGAUUAGAUCCGUCGGAGCUGUUAUCGAGAAUGUCCACACCUACUGCAUUGGAUCUCGCUUCGGGUCUCGGUGGCAAGAUUGACAAAAGCCAAGUCCUGUCCGCCGUCGAAAAGUAUGAGAAAUACCAUGGAUUAUAUGGUGGAGAUGAGGAUGAGAGGAAAGCUAAUUAUAGUGAUAUGGUCAACAAAUACUAUGAUCUUGUUACCAGCUUUUAUGAGUUUGGAUGGGGGGAGUCUUUCCAUUUUGCCCACAGAUGGAAAGGGGAGUCUCUUCGAGAGAGCAUAAAGCGACAUGAACAUUUUCUUGCUUUACAACUUGGCCUGAAGCCUGGUCAGAAGGUGCUAGAUGUAGGAUGUGGGAUUGGAGGACCACUUAGAGAAAUUGCUCGGUUCAGUUCAACAUUAGUUACAGGGUUGAACAAUAAUGAAUAUCAGAUAGCAAGAGGAAAGGAGCUAAACCAUACUGCAGGAGUGGACAAGACUUGCGACUUUGUAAAGGCUGACUUUAUGAACAUGCCAUUUCCUGAUAACAGUUUUGAUGCAGUUUAUGCUAUUGAAGCCACAUGCCAUGCACCAGAUGCGUAUGGAUGCUACAAGGAGAUUUACAGAGUAUUGAGGCCUGGUCAAUGUUUUGCAGCAUUUGAGUGGUGUAUGACUGAUUCUUUCGAUCCCCAUAACCAGGAGCAUCAGAAAAUUAAGGCAGAAAUAGAGAUUGGUGAUGGUCUUCCAGACAUCAGGCUGACCGAACAAUGCCUUGAAGCUCUGAAACAAGCCGGUUUUGAGGUCAUAUGGGAGAAAGAUCUUGCUGCAGACUCACCUGUCCCAUGGUACUUGCCUUUAGAUAAAAAUCACUUUUCAUUAAGUAGCUUUCGUCUAACAGCUGUCGGCCGUUUCAUCACAAAGAAUAUGGUCAAGGCUCUAGAAUGUGUGGGACUUGCUCCAAAGGGAAGUCAGAGGGUUCAAGAUUUUCUGGAGAAGGCUGCUGAAGGUUUAGUUGAUGGUGGCAGGAAAGAGAUUUUUACACCUAUGUAUUUCUUCCUGGCUCAGAAACCACAUUCAGAGAACCAGUAAUGCGGUCACAAAACAAAGUAAUCAGCCCACCGCUUAAUGAUAUAUAAGUAUUCAAGGAGGCUAAUAAGUAGUAUAGUGUAUUUAUAAAUGUGGUAGGCCAUGGUAGGCAUCUCCUGGUUUCUGAAUUGCGUUGUGCAUUUCCAAGUCUUUCCAAAUUCCUUUUAAGCUGCUUGUUUUCAUUGAGAAAUAUCACUAGCCCUUUUUUUGUUUUUGUUUUUUUGAAUCAUUCUAAUUACGUUAUCUAGUGUUACUAGUUUUCUCGUAACUUUAUUAUUUUAGGUAAUUGCGUUCAUCUGUUGAUCAACGUUCAAUUCUGGAUGCGCUUGUC